AUGCAUUGUCACUCAAGUGAACACUUCCCAUUUAUACCAUUACAUCAUCAUGCCUAUCGCCCUAAUCGAGGUCGCCUUGACAAUCGGAGCAAGUUGCCGAGACGAGGGCAGACGAGUCUUUUUCACCAAAUUCCACUGCCAUUCCACGUGCACCUGAUGCUUAGCGAUAUCGUUUUUGCGCCACUUCUCUUCCGGUCCAUCCAUGCGCGACAGAAGACGUCUGCUGUAAAGCAAAAUGUCACGGCAUCACACGUUGUCGGUGGAGCGACGCUGUCGGCCGGCCUCGGUCAGACCGGCGGCCACCUCUUGUCCGUGCAGUCGGUAGCGCCGACAUGUGCUCAUCAAACUGUACUCGGUGAUGUAGAGCAGAUUGCGAGAAUCACGUACCACCGACUUGGUCUCGUGCCAGGCCAGACCGGCGGCCUCGGCGGCGCUGGCUCGCUCGUCGGGGUCCAGCUGGAACAGUCGAGCCAAAUGGCCGAGGAAUUCGCCGCCGAGACAGACGAGCAGCGGAUGCCGGAGCGCGUGAAGUGUGCCGUGCGUGUGCAGAGCUCGUCGCAUCUCGGCCAGACUGGUACCGCGAAACGGCGCCAAUCCGGUCAGCGCGAUCACACCAAUCACACCCACCGCCCACACGUCCAUCUGCGGCGUCCGUCGCAGCAUGGCCGCCUCCAAAUGCGCCAUUUCCUGCUGCAGCUCAUCGGCCAACUGCGACGUCGACGUCGACGUCGACGCCAACGGCGACGGCGACGGCGACGAGGCGGAUUGGAGGAAAUCGCCGUCGACGUCGGCGUGAAGACGGCGAGUCAUGGCCUGUUUGUCCUCCCAUUCGAGCGCCAGCUCGACCAGCUCUGGCGCGUAGCCGUCGAGGAUGCCGCAGUGCUGGCCGACGACGAGGGUGAGUUCGUUCUUCAAGCUCAAGUCGGGCGACAAGACGACCGACUGCGGCGACGAACUGUGGAAGAGCACAUGCGUCGGCAUGAGGGCGCCGUGGACCAGACCCUGCGAGUGCAGGUAGGCCAGCGCCUGGAAGAGGUAGUGCAGCACGAAGCAGACGUCGCGGAAUCGGAUGCUCGACUGCAACAGGAUCCAGUUGAACAGGUCGCCCGACUGGCACAUUUCGCUCAUCACAAUCACACGACGCGGCUCUCGGAUGCACUCGGUCACUCGGCCCAACGAGAUGUGGUUCAACUUGCGCAAUCGCGACAUCUGCUGGCGCAGCUUCUUCAGGUAGGCCCGUUGCAAGCGGAUGAUCUGGCCGCGACUCAUGCCCAGCGCGAGCAGGUUGGCGAAGUCCACCUUCUUGAGGACGACCGAGCCGCCGGUGGCGAGAUCGCGAGCCGCCACGAUCGAGCUGAAGCCGGAGUAGUAGAGCUCGCGGUAGAUCAACAGCUUCUCCUCGUCGAACGUCGGAGUGGCCAGCGUGAGGCCGGUCGAGGAGCCGGUCAUGCCGGUCGGUGGGCGCGUGUUCGAGCCCGGUCUACGCGAACGGCGAGUCGACUGGGCCAGACAGACGCGGCAUUAGGCGAGGUCUCGAGCUGCAGCUCGUGGACUGGCCUCGUGCGGGAUGAGGGAUUCAGCUCCUUUGCAGACUGGACAAGUCCGGCCGCGAGCACAUUGGACUGGAGGCGAAUGGCACAGGCCAUCGAUCUGAUUUUCGUUCCCGUAUUCUUUCAUUCCUUUCUUCCUUCAUUUCUUAAUUUCUUAAUUACUUAA